AUGGAAAAGUAUCAAAGAAUCAAACAAAUUGGACGUGGAUCAUAUGGGGUCGUCUGGAAAGCCAAGAAUUUGCAAAAUGGUGAAGUGGUUGCAAUCAAGAAACUGAUGAACGAAAGGUUUAACUCCAUGGAAGAAUGCAUGAAGCUGAGAGAAGUCAAGGCGCUGCUCAGGAUGAAGAAUCAUCCUAAUUUUGUGAAGCUUAUAGAAGUCGUCAGAGAAAACAGCAUAUUGUUUAUGGUGUUUGAAUACAUGGAAGGAGGCAGUCUUUUUAAUAAAAUGAUACGCACAACGAAUCCCUUUUCCGAAACAGAGAUUAGGAACUUGUGUUUCCAAGUCUUUCAAGGUCUUGCAUACAUGCAUGACACCGUUGGCUACUUUCAUCGUGACCUCAAACCAGAAAACCUUCUUGUUUCCAAGGAUGUAAUCAAGAUCGCAGAUCUUGGUCAAGCUCGCAGGAUCAAUGGCGGACCUCCAUACACGGAUUAUGUUACAACACGAUGGUAUCGUGCCCCUGAGGUUCUUCUCUCUGCGGAGAUUUAUGAUUCUUCAGUCGAUAUGUGGGCAAUGGGUGCAAUCAUGUUCGAACUAUUUACCCUCCGACCGCUGUUUCAAGGCGCUUCUUCAGCAGGUGUAUUGGAUGAGAUUUGCAGUGUGAUAGGCAGUCCAACUGAAACCACUUGGAGUCUGGGAUUGUAUUUUGCGGGUAUGAUCAGUUAUCAGUUUCCAGAGUUUCCAGGGGUGGAUCUUUCUACAUUGUUACCAUCGGCAAGCCCGGAAGCAGUCGAUCUGAUUACUAAACUCGUUUCGUGGAAUCCGUGCUGGAGGCCGACAGCGGAGGAGGUUCUUGAGCAUCCUUUCUUCCAUGGCUGUUAUCAACUUCCUCCAAUGGAUGGUAAAUCUUAA